AUGACAAAGCUUUCUGUGGAUUCAGGGCCAUUUGGGCAGCCAUUGUCAUCGGAUGCUCAGAAGCUGGUCAACGAUGUCAGACUUCAGAUUAAUCAACCUAUCAACCCAUUUGUAAGUUUACUAAAACUAUUGAAAUUCAAGAUACUUAAUAUUUCCUUGAGAGAUUGAAAAACUUUCAAAUAUUUUAAUUUUAAAGGAUAACAUAGAUUAUUGCAAAGUCAUUUAUUAUUUGCCUAAUACCGUGUUUUACAGUUUGACAAAGACUUCAACAUCUACCGUUUCGUUCUGAAUGCCGAAAGAGCUUACAAAUCCCACAAAGAAAUCGUCGAACAUGCUGCCAAAGCCCUGAACAAUCAUUUGAAGUUGCGAAAGUGUUUGCGUUUGGUAAGAAUUGACUUACUUGUACCUAUCUUAACAAUAUAAGACUUGAAAGUAAAUACUAACUUCCUAUAUAAAGCAAUAAAGAAGGAUUGACCAGAAUAAGACCUGACUUUAGGACGAACUACCAGAUAUUCCAUUUGCUGACAAUGAAAUCUUCAAAAAGAAAUACUUGCCAUGGGGCGAAAUUCAAAGAAAAACUGACAGUUCCAACAGAUUACUACAGUACGUCGAGUAUAAGACCAUUACUGUUGAAGUAAGUGUGUAAUUACUUACAGUAAAGCUUGUGUAGGCUUAUUAUAGAUCUCAUAAAAACGAUAUAAAGAAUCAUUAUCAAGAUAUUCAUGAUUUUAGUACAUUGCACAUUCUCUCAAAAGUUCUGACGCCUGUCGCUUCCAAUUCUGGCAAUUCGAACAUAUUCUACGUCGCGUAAACGAGCAGGCAUGUCUUUACAACCAUUACCACACUACUGUUAUGAAUAUUUUUACUUUGAUUCCUUAUCAUUGUGAACUUUCAGGAAGAAAAAUCGGGUAAAUUCUGUUCAGUCCGACACAUUGUGGACAUGAACGAGUAUGAAAUCAACCCCUUUACCAUGCUCUUCGUGAGCAGUGGUACCCUACAGUACUACUCUCAUCUAUUCCACUACGAAAACUACCCAGAGCUUGUGUAUCCAGUGGAGAUGGUGAAUAUUGCCAAAUGGAUCUACGUUCCCUAUAAAAUCAUCAAAGCCGUCAUGCCAGCCGGCUUCGCUGACAGAUUCCGAUUAUACGACGGUAAUUAUCUGCCGAAUCUGAUGAACGAAAUCAACAGCGAAGACAUUCCAGAAACAUUGGGAGGUAAAAAUAAGGUAGGUCAAGAUCGAUGUUAUCGCGCGACAUCAGCUUGUGACUCUUAUACUUUUAAGUAACGACCUUACUUUAGAGUUUGAGAUAAAAGUAUAAAGAUAAUGAGUGCCUUGGAAAUGAACAUUGAUACAGCAAAACUAGAAGAGAACAGAUUUUAUAGACAAAACUAACCUCCAAUAUAAUUAUAAUGGUCAUUCCUUUCAGGAAAUCAAAUGCACCAGCGCAGUAGAACCUACAGACACAUGGCACUGUAAUGUACCUCAGAUCGUCGGUAACCUAGAGACCUUAGUCAUACACUCAAGAAAACUCAAGUACUACAAAGUUGAAGUAACAGAAGCUCCAACAACCCUCAGCUGGUACUUCCACACAGACAGCGAUGUUUACUUUGGCGUUUUCUUUGAGGUAACACAUUUUAUAUUGAUGUAGCUAAAUCUUUAAACUAAAGCAGACAGUUACGGUCCUAAUAACAGUCCCUUUUCAUUUAUAAUGAGCUAGACACUGUAAAUGACAGCAUAAACAACAUGUGUUUCAGAGGAACGAUAGUAACAAUGCCAAGAAGAAGAAGGACAAAGAAGACUUGGACACUGACUCCCUAGACAUGGUAUACCCAAUGUUCAAACUAACAGCUAAACUCGUCCAUGAGUUCGACUCAAUCGAAUGUACUGAGAAUGGCACGUACUAUGUAGUAUUCGGCAACAAACACAGCUGGAUUCACAAGAGAACGGUGGAGAUUAUGCUACAGAAAAAAACCGAAUCAGGCGAAGUACGAAGGAUAUACCACGAUGGAACGAACGAGAAGGUAGACAACGAACUCUUGGACAUCCAAAAGCAAAUGGAGCUACAGCCAUUCAAGACCAACAUCUGA